GAUAGGGAUUUUCCACAUUUUUUUUACUACUUCAUGAACUUGAUGUCAACUUUUCUUUCAUGGUCAAAUAUGGGGUGAAAUGAAUCAAAUUAUCUUAAGAACUCAUAAAAGUGCAUAUGAACCUGGUGAAGAAAUAUUUGGAGUGGUAUACUUGAACAUUGCUAACCCUACAGCAGGUACUGGAGUUUGUGUCAGAUUUGAAGGUUAUGAACAUUUUAUUUACAAUUCUGGUAUAAGAGAUGAUCCUGAAUAUUUGGUAAAGAAGCAGUAUAUAGAUUGUCCUUUUGACCUUUAUAAAUCUCAAGAUAAUCUUGGUAUUGGUAGUUAUGUUUUCCCCUUCAGAUUCCAGCUGUUGAAUGAUUUACCAGGUUCUUACAAAGCCUCUAGUGCAGGAGGGGACAAAUGGUGGAAGGCCAGAAUACAGUACUGGAUAUCAGCAGAAUUGAUUCAUGCUGAAUCUGUAAAGGUUACCCAAGAUGUUGUAAUAAAUCAAGCUUUGCCUAAUACAGUAAGACCAUCAGGUCCAACUCAGAAUACAAUAGAAACUAUAGAUAUAGCUAAACUUCCAUUGUAUAGUAGGAAAUUAUCUGUGACUGCCAGGUUGUUUGAACAUAUUCAUAUAUCUGGUGGUGUAGCUAGAUUAAGAAUCAUCAUCACAAAUAACACAAAAGUCAAUGUGAAGACAAUAUAUGUCAAAUUAUUUGGUGUUUUUGCCCUUAUGACAAAAGGACAAAAACUGAACCCAGAUGAUCCAUGUGUGACAGAGAUUGAUGAUAAUGUUAUUAUUGAACCUACAGAAAAUCCACAUCUUAUUUGGGAGGCCAUGCCAGUUGAAGGAUGUAAUUCUGAAAUUCUUAAUACGGGUAUUGACAAUGUGCAUGUUCCACUACAGUAUAAAGAUGGCUCACCACUACCUCCUACAGUCAGUAGUAAAUAUCAUAUAAAGUGUACAUAUGAAAUAGAAGUGAUAGUGGAAUUAGAGAAUUUGAAGAGAGCCUCUCUGAUGCUACCUCUUCACUGUGUUAGACACACUCAGGAUGACACGUGGUCUAAAUGGCAGGCUCCACAGUGGGUGUAUGACACAGAAAUACUGACAUCGAGCUCUCGCUUCAGUGUACCAGAAAAUGUGUUAAACGGACCUGCAUUUUCUGGAAUACCAAGAUUUCAACCUUUGAGCUGACAGGAAAAGAUGAUGUAAAAAUCCAUUUAGCAAUUAAUUAAUUUUCCAUAUAUAUGCUGUUAAGCAUCAUUUUCUAUAUUAUUUGAAACAGUUUUUCCUAAAGCCAUUUAUACUGUUUCUCCACUAUUAUCUCUGGUAUGUCAAUCCUGAUGAAUAAAAGACAAAUUAAUGUGAGACUUUCUCUCAUUUCAAGUGUAUUGGCAAAAGAGAGACAACUGCAAACUCUUAUUCUUAAAAACCUUUUUUUUAUUCCAAUAUCAGAGUUGAUAAUUAUAUAAUUGGAAAUGGGAGACAAAGAAAAAUUACAAGCUAAACUUGAUGCUUUAAAUUUAUUUCAAGAGUGCUGUUUUUCAUUUUAGAAGACUUUAAGAUCUUUGGUCUUGAUUGAAAAUUUUGACCUGAUAUUUUUCUGUUCAUUUCAGUGAUUUUCAUUUUUAUGCUAUACACAAUUUUGUUUUCUAAAAGAUAAUAUAUUGUUUCUAAUGCACAAACAAAUUAACUUAUGUAACAUGCUUUUUACUAUCCCAAAAUACUAUAAAUCACGCAAAAAUACAUUUACUUAUUUAAUUAUUUCAAUUCUUAAUUUAUAGCCCUGAUCAAGUUGUCCCUUUUUAGACAAGAAUUAUGUGACUGUGCACAUCAUCAUUAAAAUGUACCUCCGGGUGUGGGAUUUUCUCGCUGUGUUGAAGACCCAUUGGUGGCGUUGGGCUGUUUUCUGCUUUUUGGUCGGAUUGUUGUCUGUUCUCUUCAUUAUAUAAAUAUAGUUUUAACUGCGCUAUUGGGUAGUUUUAUAAACAAAAAACAAGUCAUUUUCUUAAGACUUUGUCAAAAUUUAACCAGGGCCACAUAAAUUUUUAGGUGAUCAUAGAGUCGCAUUGCACUUUGAAUUCAUAGCUAAACAGUUUUAUUAUACCCCCUCUUUAAAAAAGGUGGGGUAUACUGUUUUACUUCUGUCUGUCCUUCCGUCAGUCAAUCUGUCAGUCCGUCAGUCCAUCCGUCCGUCCCAUGAAUAUUUUUGUCGCAUUUUUCUCAGGAACUACUUGACAAGGAUUUCUGAAAUUUGGUUUCAGGGUUUAUAUAAGUAAGUUACACCGUGUGAUGCGUUUUCAGAUUCAUCACUCAACAACUUCCUGUUUACCGAAAUAUUUCGGCAGGGGUAUCAUCAGUGAGCAGUAGCUCACAGUUUUACUUGUUUUUAUUGUUUCUUGUCAGAGGUGGUGAAGUUUCUGUUUUAUAAUAAUAUUUACAAACAUUUGAGCAUGCUCAUUUUGUACCAUUGUGAUUUAAGCACCUAAAUAUCAAUUUUUCAUAAUUAAGACACACUAAAGGGAGAUAUCAAAUUAAUCUAAAACUGAUUGCAACCUUUGUAAGGUUUGUGGCACAAGCUUUAGUUUACAAGGAGACAACAGUAUACUAGUGUUUCCUGCAGCUUUUGAAAAGGGCAGGGUAAUUUUGUUCUCAGAGGGCACUCUUAGCGCGAUUGGCUACACUUUAAGGGCACCCUUUGCGCGGUGGACUACACUUUUAGGGUACUCUUUACAUAGAAAUAAAGGCACUGUAAUUCAUAUUUAUUGGUAAGAAAUAAAGAUAUGUAUAUUAGAUUGUUAAUUUAAUUCCUUUUUUGUAAUAAAAUUAUCACUUCUAGACUCAGCUAAUAGAAUCUUGAUCAUGUUCAUUGUGCAACUGUCUCAUUUCAAUCAAUAACUCCAGUUAUAAACUUGAAUAUUGGAUCACUGAGACUGAUUGUCUAAAGAUGUGUUGUGAAAGUGGACUUUGCAUGACCAAGAGCAUACCCAGUAGUCCUGCUUCAAUUUUAAAUAAAUUUUGUUAUUAAAUAGCAAUAAUAGUUAAUAUAUUUUUGAUACAGAUCAUAAAGUUGGUGCACAAUAAUAUAUAAUAUUGCACUUGUGCAAAUAAUGCAUCACAUCAUUGUCACAAAAGCAUUUUUAAAUUUUUUUUUAAAGCUAUGCUUUACAAUACAAGGGUUAUUGCAUGCAAAUUGGUGAAUAUUAUCCAUCUUAAAAUAAAUAUUGCACUCCCACUCUUGCACUAUAAAAAUCUAAUCAAGACAAGAUUCACGAACUAUCAUGCAAUAACCCUAUAUUAUUAGUAUUCAUCUGCUGUUAAAAUUUUAAUAGAAGAAGGGUCAGCCACUGUUGAAUUUUCUUUAUUCAGAGGGUCUGAGUCAAGAUCCUACCUUUCC